CACCCAUAAACCUUUCUUCUUCCACCAUAAUUCAAAAAUCUUGCGAUUCUCACCGUCAAUGGCUACUACUAGCUUCCCAAAAACGCAAUCAAAUUACACUCAUUCUUCUUCAACAAAACAUGCUGAAUUCGCAACCUCAAAUCACCAAUCAAACCCUCAUAAAUGGUACUCUGAUCAAACUGGAGUAUACAGCAGCAAACACCCACCAGUCAGCCUCCCUCAAGACACAUUUCUUGACGUUGUUUCCCACGUUUUCUCCCACAAACACAACGGAAAAACCGCACUCAUUGACGCUGCAUCCGGGUUUUCAAUCUCGUAUCCGGAGCUCCAACGGUUGGUGAAAUCAAUGGCCAGUGGACUUCAUCAAAUGGGUGUUUCAAAAGGUGAUGUUGUGUUGAUUCUUUUGCCGAAUUCUGUUUAUUACCCUGUGAUUCUUUUGGGUGUGUUGUAUCUUGGUGCUGUUGUGACUACAAUGAAUCCGUUUAGUAGUUUCUCUGAGGUAAAAAAACAAACACUUGGUACGCAUGUAACUAUGGCUUUUACUCUUGUUGAUAAAGUUGAUGAAUUGAAGUCAUUGGGGAUUCAAACUGUUGUGGUGCCGGAAAACGUUCCGUUUGACGCAACCCAUGUUCGGUUUAAGCGUUUUUACAAGCUUAUUUCGGGUGAUCAUGGGUUGGUUCCGCGUAGAACGGUUAGGCAAGAUGAUACUGCUGUUAUUUUGUAUUCAUCUGGUACUACUGGUGCUAGUAAAGGUGUUGUUUUAAGUCAUAGGAAUUUGAUAUCCGGGGUUGAGCUUUUCGUUCGGUUUGAGGAUUCGUGUUAUCCGCUUGUACCCGAGGAGAACGUUUAUUUAGCGGUUAUACCGAUGUUUCAUAUCUACGGGCUUACGCUUUUCAACUUGGGGAUUUUGUCUUUGGGGACGAAAAUUGUUGUUAUGAAAAGGUUUAUCCCCGAUGAGAUGGUUCGGUCUAUAGAUAGGUAUGGGGUGACUCAUUUUCCUGGCGUGCCGCCGUUGUUGACCGCCUUGACCAAGGCGGCAAAGGGUGCUCUUGGUAGAAGUUUGAAAAGCUUGAAGCAGGUUUCUUGUGGUGCUGCACCGUUGAGCACAAGGACUAUUGAGGAGUUUAUGACUUAUUUUCCUCAAGUUGAUUUCAUUCAGGGUUAUGGCUUGAGUGAAUCGACGGCUGUGGGAACACGUGGAUUUAACACGCGAGAUCUGCAGAAUUAUACGUCUGCUGGAUUAUUAGCUCCGAAUACGCAAGCCAGAGUGGUGGAUUUCGUUACUGGUUUGUAUCUGCCACCUGGAAAAACCGGUGAACUUUGGUUAAGUGGACCGGCUAUAAUGAAAGAAUAUUUGAACGACGUGGAAGCAACUUCAUCGACUAUUGAUAAAGAUGGCUGGCUACAUACGGGAGAUAUUGUUUAUUUUGACCAAGAUGGUUAUUUGCAUAUUGUUGGACGUGUUAAAGAAAUAAUAAAGUACAACGGGUUUCAGAUCGCUCCUGCUGAUUUAGAGGAUGUUCUAGCAACUCAUCCAGCCAUUCUUGACGCUGCAGUAACAGGAGUCAGAGAUGAUGAAGCCGGAGAGGUUCCGGUGGCUUUUGUAGUGUUGAAGCCUGGAGCCGAAGCUUCCGAGUCUAGCAUCAUUGACUUUGUAGCAAAACAGGUGGCACCAUACAAGAAGGUGAGAAGAGUGAUUUUCGUGAAAAUGAUUCCUAGAUCCGCUGCAGGAAAGAUUCUGAGGAGGGAAUUGAAGGAGCCAACAUAUUCUAGGCUUUAAUGCGUCGUUUUUCUAUCUCUCUUGGACCAAUAACCCGAAGCGCGAUUUAAAAUGCAAAAAGCAUAUGAUAACUGGUAAUUGUUUUUGGUCCUGGUUAUGAUCUGUUCAGUAUAUUAAGUUUUACAAAAUAUGUUCUUGAUUCAUGAUGUUUUUUUACCCAUUAAAUCGGGUCAAACCCGUAUAUUGUAAUGCAGUAGAUACCAUGAAAUGGAAUAAAAAAAAUUCACUUUAUGUUUG